AGGCACCAAAAAACGACGUAUGAAAGUUUAUUUGUUUACAUUGUUAAUCUGUUAGUUUAAUUUGCUGGGCUGCAGAAUUGUGAAUCCCGUGGAAAAAAAGAAUUAAAAUGAUGAGCAUUGUUCUCGUCACAACUUUUGUUGCCUGUGCUUUCGCUGGAGUGAUUCCAGUGUCUAAGGACAUAGCUACCAACAAUUUGUUGAAAGACAUAAUACCAAUUCACCAGCACAAGACUUUGGCCACAUUGGUUGCUGAGCUUAAAGGUUUAGAGAUAUAUCGACACAAUGAACUCAAAAAGGCUAUGGAGGACCAGAAAUUGUCGCGAAACCAGUAUAUGGCAAAGUAUUUGAAAACUUUGAUGGAAUAUGACAAGCGAUGGUUCGUGUAUGCUGUCAGGGUACUUGACUGCCUCGAUAUAAUCGAUCAUCCUGAUGGUAAAAGCGCCGAUGAAAUAAAAAAU